UUCAAAUUUCUUCAAUAAAAAAUAUAGACUAUCUUCAAAAAAAAAAAAAGGUUUUCUUUAUAUGUGUAUAUCUGUCAAAUAAAUUUUUUUUUAUUUUUUUUAUGACGGCCUAUGUCACCAUUUUAAACGAUCGCGGAAUUUGAAUAAUAUCGUUAUGUUCGCCACCCACAAAAAUGUAGAUCCCCUUUUUUAUAUACAACUAGUCAUUUUUUUUAUUUUUUACGAAAAUGCCUUCUAUUAAUGUACCUACUGUUCAAAGUAUUCAAAUUUACCCCAUUAAAUCUUGUCAUUACAUUCAAAUAGAAGAAUGUGAAGUUGAUAACUUGGGAAUUAAAAAUGAUAGAAGAUUUAUGAUUGUAUAUGAAGAUACAAACCGAUUUGUCACUCAAAGAAAAUUCGCCUCAUUAUCACUUUUAAGAACUAUAUUGAACGAAAAAGAAAAUAAAUUAACACUUUUAGCUGAUGGACAAGAACCAUUUAUUUUACCAUUAAAACAAGAUUUAGAAUUGCUGACUAAGCGAACGGUGACAUUAUGGAAAGACACUUUAACGGUAUAUGACCUUGGUGAUGAAGUUGGAGAAUGGAUUACCCAAUUCCUUAUUAAUCAUCGCCAACAUGAUCGUGAGAAUAAUCAUAGUGUUGAUGAUCCUAUUCACGAAAAUGAUCCUGUUAGUAAAGUUCGAUUGGUGACGUUAGAUGAUCCAGCUAAAGGAGUUUAUGAUCGACCUGCUCACCCUUAUUUGAAAGGUGUUCAUACAGCUUUUUCAGAUUGGUCACCUAUUUCAUUUGGAUUUGUUAGUAGUUUAGAGGAAGUGAAUAAGGGAUUGUUGGAGACAGGGAUUAGUAAAGGAAAUCAAAUUCCUAUGAAUAGAUUCAGAAAUAAUAUUACAAUUGCUGGUACUAUUCCUUGGGAAGAAGACCAAUGGCUAGUUGCAAAAGUUGGAGAAGUGACAGCAUACAUUGUUCAACCUAUUGCACGUUGUACGGUUCCUAGCAUUAAUCAAGAUACUGGAAUAAAAGAUGCUUGGGAUGGUAAAGGUCCCACAGAUUAUUUGAAGAUAAGACGUCAAUUUGCUGAUGAGCCUAAUAUGGGACAAUUCUGUUGUGAUGUCAUUCCUCUAACUGCAGGAAAAAUUCGUGUAGGAGAUAAAAUUGAAAUUCUAGAGCAUAUUCCUGAAAAAUAUAAGCAAUCCCCAUUACCAUUCAAGGCUGCUGCUUGAUUCAUUUUAAUCGAUAUACGCUGUCUAUUCAUCCGCUUAAAAAUGUAAAUCACUAAUAAAAAAAAAAAAAAAA